UGGUUGCGGCCUCAGAAGCGGUGGCGCUUGCCAGCGACUCGGCUCGAAACUCGCAUCUCGCCAGACGACUCAAAUCGUAUGGAGAGAGCGCCGAAGACGGGGCCGCGCAACUCUUAAUUCUGCUCGCUACUCGCUACCGAUUCUCUCCUCUUUUUUCCGCAACGCAUACGAAUUCUGUGUCUGGCUGCCUGCUGCCGUGCCUGCCUAUACGUAGAAGCUAGCCAAAGACGACUGGCAGCUCACCCACGCGCUCACGCCGAUAUAACCAGUCGACGCUGUUCCGGCUACGACGUCAGUAGCUGCGCUGCUUUCGAGUUUCCAUUGCGAUAAUAACAAAAGUGCUACGUACGUGCCAAUUUAUUCGAUACAUCAAUUUGUAUAAUUUCAUAUAGUGCAACAAAAGGAUCCCUUCGAAAGCGCAUCGACGGUGCGACUUAGUGUGCUGAUUUCGUUGACAAGCAAGAAAACAAGACUUCCUCGACGAUACGAUGGCGCAGUUGAUAAGCGUCAAACUGUCGCGCUUCGACGGCUCACCCUGGGGCUUCAGGCUGCAGGGUGGCAAGGACUUCGGCACUCCGCUCGUCGUGCAAAAGGUGAACAAUGGAUCACCAGCCGAAGCAGCGGGUCUGCGGGCGGGAGACGCCGUCGUUCGUGUCAAUAGCACCGACAUGUUCAGCUUGAGACACAAGGACGCUCAGGAUGUGAUUGUGCGCGCCGGCAAUAAUUUCGAGAUGACCGUGCAAAGAGGCGCUCAAACGUGGAGGCCAAGCGUAUCACCGGUCACCGCGUCGAUCCCAUCGCCACAGCCAUCUCUGUCGGCCAGCAGCGUUUCACCCGUUACGAAAACUUCGCUGGCUCACAAGCAGCCCGAGUCUCGUCCCAUUGGCAGCGGACACAAUUUCAGCCCCAAACCUUUCCUCAACGGAGCCGGGACCGACAAUCACCAAGUCAAAUCGAUCGUCAAUAAACAGUACAAUAGUCCUGUUGGCAUCUACAGUGAAGAAGCAAUCGCCGAAACUCUCUCUGCUCAGGCUGAAGUGCUCGCUGGAGGAGCUUUGGGGGUAAAUUUCAAGAAAAAUGAGAAAAACUACACUCCUCAAAACAGCGAAGUUUUCAAAAUGGUCCAAGAGGCGGAUAAAGAGCCACGCACACCAGAACCAGCCGAGGUAUCGCCGAUCAGUGGCACGACGUCUCCGGCUCUGGCUGGUUUACGCCCGGUCCAGGGUACCCAAGCUUACAGAGUGCAGGAUCAGUACCAAAACUACCAACAUCAGGAGCAUCAGCAUCAAAAUCAGCAGCAGCAGCAGCAGCAACAGCAGCAACAGCAGAAUCAGCAUCAGCAAUCGGAAUCCCCCGCGACUAGUCUUUCACCCGGACAAAAUAUUUGUGCCGAGUGCGAAAGGCUCAUCGUCGGCGUUUUCGUGCGGAUAAAGGAAAAAAGUCUGCACGUCGAGUGCUUCAAAUGCGCGACCUGCGGAACCUCAUUGAAGAAUGUCGGUUACUACAACAUCAACAACAAACUUUAUUGCGACAUCCACGCUAAACUAGUAGCCAGGCAGAGCGCACCUGCGACCAACAUCAUCCCAAUCACUAUUGCUCCGGGACACAAAGCACCGGCAAACACCAUUUCUUCUGCCUUGUCAAGCCAUGGUAAUUUGUCGCCCUCAUUGAGCAAUCACGGAAGUUCCUCGCCACAACCAUUUGUGAACUCCUGUCCGCGAGCAUACAGUCCGCCCAAGUCACGUCCCUGCAGCAAUGGCCACGUCAACGGCAAUUCGGCGAGGCCCUACGGUAAUAGCGCCUUCACGGCUUACGCAUCGCCGGCGCUUCACACCGCGACUACGACGACCACCACAUCAACUUCGCAGGAGAGUCUCGACGAGCAAGACAAGCAGCAGCAGCAACACCACCACCAACAGUCGAUUUCAAACAGCAACGACUCCAAAAUGUAUACGAGUACGAUAAGCUUCAAAACGAUCACCAACGACACCAACAAUGUCUCGAAUAAUCAUCAUCAGCAGCAGCAGAUGAACGACAAGCAGCAGGAGCCAGGCUUAGAUUACAAUCGAAAUUCAACGAUAAAUAACGAUAAUUUCGACGGAAUCGAUUACAAAAAGUUGCAUAAGAUCAGCGAUGAUCUACGCGAUUGCACAAUCAACAAUGGUCAUGUAGAGCACCAGGACAAACCGCUCAAAAACAAGAGCUUGUUCGAGGAACGAAAUUAUAGCUCGGAAAAAGUUCAAACUUCCGUGCGGUCUUUCAAGGCACCAUCGAGCAACAUCUCUGGACCUAAGCCCUUCAUUGGAUCGAGUAUCAUCAACCAAAAUUACUCCUCCUCAUCGAUUAUUAAUACAGGAAGCACUCUACCUCGGCCUCAAAGUCAAUCCCUAGCUGAGACCUAUUACGUGGAGUGCCACGAACAUUCUCAAUCUGGUUCAAACAUUCAAUUUUUCCAAGAAGACUUUUCGAAAUACGAAUUCGUACAAGAAAGUUGUCGACCUAAGGCGGUGGUGAAGCAACCAAAAGUCAAAAAUAAAACGCCCAAGUGGCCGCCCGUUAGGGCAAUCGAAGACAUAACUUAUCCAACCGCGAGCCCCAUAUACAUAGAUCCAAAUCCCUCGAUUGAUCAGCGCAUUCGCGAGGUGAACCGCGAAAGAAGAGCUACCGUCGAGCAAGUUAUAAGUAAAAAUUAUCACCAACAGCAACAAUAUUGCGAAAGUAAAAUGGAACAACACAGCUGUCCAGGCCCACAAUACCGACGCGUUUCUCUGGUAAAUAAGGCCCCUCCACAAGCGAGCUGUUGCUUGGAAAGAUCCUCGCGAGCUGGUUCGAGCGAGAGCGUGAGACGGUCGUUAACUCCGACGAGGAUCACUCAGCCCACUCCUAGGCCAUGGACUGCAACCGUGACAUCGGGGACUAAUCUGUACGAGUCGUCCUUUUCUCAAGAGACUCAGUCGGUCUGCCAAUCCGAUGGCAAUGUUUGUCAAAAAGUCACUACUCGCGAAUCAUCUUGCGAACGACCCGCGCCUGCCGGCCACAAGCAUCAAGAACGACACGUGCAUCGCGAAGAGGAUACGUGCAAGCAAGAGGACGGCGUCCAUCGUCACGAGCACAAAACAUCCAAGGUUUGCAAGUUUACUUGCGAAGCUGAACCGGAACCCGCGCCCAAGCCCCUGCCUCCUCCCGAGCCACGAGACGAGGGGCCCGACUAUUCGAAAAUUGUUCCGCCCGAUGUGGCCAUCUGCCCUAAAGGUAUCGAUGCCGAGCACGAUCUGUAUACCGAAGUCGAAGAGGAAGAUAAAGAUAACAUUCAUAUCAAGAAAACAACUACUUACGAAAAAACCAUCGAACUCGUUUCUCCCGAUGCCGCUCUUGGUAACCCUUUUGGACAAGCGGCUCAAGCAACCAGAUCCUCGACCGUCGAUCGAGAAGUCGAAGAUAUUUCGUGCAGAAGAAAUUAUACUGAAUCACUGUCCCAAAAAAUUGAUACUCAGCAAAUGAUCGAAGAAACGCGUAGACAAGAUGAAGAAGCCAGGCAGCGCAAGGCAGAAGAAGAUAGAAGGCAGCGAGAAGAAGCAGAGAGAAGAAGACAAGAGGAAGAACGACAAAUGGCUGAAUUGCGCAGAAGAGACGAGGAACAACGCAGACAAAAAGAAGAGGCUGAACGUCAGAGAAGAGUCGAAGAGCAGCGUCGCAUGGAAAAAGAGGAAGCCGGAAGAAGCACCAAAGAAAGAAUCAUUGACAUAAAAGUAGAAGAGCGACCAUGUUCUUGCGCAAGCGAUCGGGCUGUUGAGGUUACCAUUCGAGCGCCUUCUCGAGAGCGUAUUAUACCGGUCCAAUUGGAACAGGAUAAACCACCUUGUAAGAAAGAAAUUCGUCAAGUGGUCGAACAAGUUUGCGUGAAGCAGCAUUGCGAGCACGGUGAUUACGAAGAACAGCGUAAAAGAAGCCUGCGCGAACAGGUGGAGGUUCAUCAAAGUUUGAGAGAUCAACAAGGCCCGUGCAAACGCCAGCCGACUUUGCAAGAACGUAGAAUCAGCUCGAGGUUGUCUCAGAAGGAGCAGUCUCAACAGCAAUGCGGUACAACUACCAAAAAGCAUGUCCAGUUUGUGAAGCAUACUGAGAGUGGACCUUGUCCAUUACCCUCGCCUUCGGUCAAAAAUUCCUCGCCGAAAGAGUAUAAAUCUGAAAUGUGUAAGGCUCUGACAACAGCUCCCGAUCGUCAAUUUUCUCCACUUCAAAGCGGAGUUUCUAAUCAAUGCUCCAGGGGAGAAGCUCGCGAAGUUUAUCAUCGCGAGGUGACCUACGAGCAAAAGACCGUUUGUUGCAGAUGUCAACCCCAACUACCGCCAUUGGAAAAUCGACCAAUCUCGCCAUUUGUAGCUGCUUUAACCACAGCUCCUGAUACGCCGUAUUCGCCUCUGGGACGCCAGGUUGAUCCAUCUCAAUGCUCGUGCCGAUGCCGUUCACAGACACCAGAAAUGAUGACGACGUACGAAGGUUAUUCUUCACCAGCUCAAAUUUUAUAUCGUGGAAAGCCGAAAGAACAGCCAAAAAAGCCUGAUGGACCUCGGCCUCUCCCAACUCCUCCACCAGAUUUUCGCUUCCGCAAUAGGUCUGCAUCCCCUUCUCAAUGUCGCUCAAGAUCUCAAACACCCAGUGGUAGAGUAUCAUCUUGCGGAUUGAAGAAACCUGACACCAUACCAUCUUAUCAGAAGCACUUGGUUUGUGAAGAGCAAAAACCAGUUCAAGGCCAAGACUAUCCGUUGAGCAGAAACUCUACUCCAGGCUGCUGCCAGACUUUAGGUGCUGGUCCGCCAGAACCACCUGCAUGCAUCAGAGCUCAGGCGCCAAGGAUAAGAGAAGAACCACCUUGUAAGCGAGAACCAACGCCUGAUAGAACUGAAACUACUCGUUACCACUGGGAAGAGGACACUCCUCAAGGCCACAAAACUAAAGACACUGUGGUAUCUAAGAAUAUUUCUUGGGCUGGCCAAGGCGCAUCGAAGCACGCUCACAUUCACGAGCACGAUGAUAUAGUCACGGAAGAAUGCGACGGUUUUCAUCAUUCGAAAAAAACUGAACACUUUGUCAAAGAUUACGUAGAGCCUGAAGAUGAAGAAGAAGAAGAAGAAGAAGAAGAAGAAGAAGAAUCAUCACCUCCUGAACCUUCUGAUGACGGUCAAUGCUACAUCGCAGAAAAUUCUUGUACCGAAGUUACUUUGCCUUGCCCCAACGCCAAAAAAAAUCAAGUUAUGGAUAGAAUUCAAAAAACAGGUGUAAGAGUAUUUGCACCAAUUGGUGGUUCGGAUGUGCGUAGAAUUUGCCAUGAAAUACCAACGUGCCCUCCACCAAAGCCCCCAUGUCCUAUGACUGGAGUUCAAGUUUUGCCGGUUAGGGCACAUGGUGAUACUGCUUGCAAGCAAGGAGUCGUUGUAGUUCCUUGCGAUGGCAUUGGUUCUGAAGGCGUUUGCAUCAAACCAACGCCAGAUCGUUCAGGUGUUAGUGUAUCGCCUUGUCCGGCCAAAUCAGGAGGAGUUUGCCAGAAACCAUCUUGUUACUGUGGCUCAGUAUCAGGCAAUUGUCAAAAAUUACCUAAUGUAGAAACUACGCGUACCAUUACAAACAAGUGCCAAGGAAUUCCUGGAAUGCGUUCAGUUCAAUGCCCAAAACCAGCCCAAAAAUGUCUGGGCGCUGCCAAGGCUCGUUUACCUUUUCCCAAUAUCCCCUUGCCUGAAGAAUUAGACGUUGAAGAACCUCCAUCUUGUCCCCGCUGUUGCCCCAAAGUUUGUUCAUGCACAAACUCCAGUACAACUACAACAACAACGACUUUCAAAACAUCCUCUGACUCAAGGGAUUGCGGAUUUCAACCAAUCCAACCCCCACCGCGUACUAAUCUCUGUAAUCAAAUAACCACACUGACGCUUUGCAAACGCGAGACGAAACCGGCUCCAGCGCCACCGAUACCAACGGUGCAGCUUUAUAAGCCGGUUACGCCUCCUCCUCCUCCAUGCCGAACUAGUAGCUCCCAAAUUAAAUGCCAGACGACUCAAAAACGAUUCCGCAGUGAAAUAACCUCCUCCAGUUCCCAAUCUUCAUCCUCCCAUUGCCUGUCAAAUAAAACCCAGAGUUCAGUAGACCCACCAAAUUGUUCAUCCCAUCCGGAUCUAGGUGCUGGUUCAUGCGCAUUGGGCAGUGGAAACAAGAUUACAACAUGUGCCGCCCCGAAUCGUGGCAGAGGUAUUCUCAACCAGGCUGGAUCAGGAAUGCGGGUUCCGCUUUGCGCUUCUUGCAAUAAUCAAGUCAGGGGACCAUUCAUAUCUGCAUUGGGCUCAAUUUGGUGUCCAGAACACUUUGUUUGUGUAAAUCCUCAAUGCCGUCGUGGUCUUCAGGACAUUGGCUUUGUUGAAGAAAAAGGCCAACUGUAUUGUGAAUACUGUUUCGAAAAAUUCAUAGCCCCGUCAUGUAACAAAUGCAAUAACAAAAUCAAAGGGGACUGUUUAAAUGCCAUUGGUAAGCAUUUUCAUCCUCAAUGUUUUAGCUGCGCUCACUGUAAAAAGGAAUUUGGCAGCAAUCCAUUCUUCCUUGAAGAAGGACUUCCAUAUUGUGAAAAAGACUGGAAUGAGCUCUUUACGACAAAAUGCUUCGCUUGCGGUUUCCCAGUAGAAGCUGGUGAUCGCUGGGUGGAAGCUCUCAACAAUAAUUAUCACAGCCAAUGUUUCAAUUGCACGAUGUGUAAAAAGAACCUCGAAGGCCAGAGCUUUUAUGCGAAAGGCGGUCGUCCAUUCUGCAAAAAUCAUGCGCGCUAAACAAUACUUCAUACCUUCGGAACGAAAUCGCGAGUUCUUAGAAAUCUAAACAUAUUAUAAUAUUUCAUUUUUAAAAUAAUUUUACUCAUCUGCGCUCUACGGAACACCCCUACCUAACGUUUUCAAGAAAGAAGAAAUUAUAUGUUUUAUAUUAUGUUAAGCUUGUUAUACGUAAUAUAUAAAAAAUAAUUAUUUUGUGGUAUAAAACUACCGAUAGAAAGUACUGCAGGUAGAAAACAACCGAUUGGCAAAAUUGCCAUAAUGUAAUUUUGUAAAUUCGACGUUCUUUCGCUCUUUAAACGACCCUGUAAUAGAGAGCUCAUUUGGGAGAGCGUUAAUAGGAUAGUUAUGCUUGUUCGCGAUAAUCUUGAAAAAUGCGCAUACUACGUAGAAGUAAGUGAGUAAAAAAAAGUAAUAAACCAAAAAGUAAUAUGUAACAAAUAAGUUGCAAUUUAAUGAGUUAUUUUUGCCGUUUUUCCGCAGUCCGCAUACGUCAUACGAAUAUCCAGCAAACUUUUUACCCAGUUUGUCAUAUUUUUCAUUGGUUUCGUGCUGCACUACAAAUACCCACUGCUGUAGGUGCGGUAAACUGUGUAUACGUGCUAUAUAGCGAAAGGAGACGAAGAACGACACGCUCGCGCGCGCAAGCAAAAGUUGAGAAAAGGGCUUGUGUAAGCACGCAAGCCUCAAUUGAUUCUGCACGCGUUUUGCAGUCAACUUGAGUGUUAUUAUCCUUGCGUAUAUCCACACACACACACACGCGCGCGCGCGUGUUGACUUUUUAAAAUUGCGAUGACUGUGAGAAAGCGACUACUCGCAUCAAGUAAAAUAAUUAAAAAAUAUAUUAUACAUGUUAUUGUAAAAGUGCGUUUAGAGUAAUAAGCAAGAGAAUUUUAUUUUAAUCUCUACUAUUAAGUAAGGAUGCUAUAUUUCAGACACUGUUACGUUCGUCGCUUAAACCGUAUAGAGAUCUAUUUAAGUUACUGAUACGAAAUGUGCUGAAUUUUUGUUUGCUAUGUGUAAAAGGACGAUAAUUUUCACCCAAAAUAUUUCAGUUAAUAAUUCAAGCAAACUUCAUCGUCAGUCUAUUCUUUGUGUUUUUAAUGAUGAGCUUAAGAUGAUAAAUUAAUAUUUGAAUUCAAAUAACUUCUACAGAUAUUAUUAAUAAAUUUGUAUUAGUAUAUCAUGAUUUACAAAUACAUUAAUCAUGUGAACAUUUAGAUUGGGAACUUUCAAACAACACAAACAAACAACAAAAUAUGUUCAAACUAUAAUCAUAGUAAUUUUAAAGUGUAAAUGGUUCGAAGGUAAUGAAUGAUCUGGUGAAAUCGGGGAAUUUGAAAAAAUUACAUUUGCAAAAAUGUAAUUAAUUAACUGGUGACCGUCAAUAUUUUAACAUUGUUACACACUUUAUUGCGUACACUUUAUUUUUGAUAAUUUCACUACUACUCUUUAUCAUAAGUACUCGUAGUAGAAUGCAAAAAAGAUAUGUAUUUUAUGUACGUUUUUGUCUGUAAGUUACAGAACUAUUUUUAAUGAAAUGUUCACCAAAAAUUUAUUCCUAACAACAAUAUAUUAUUAACGUAUUUUUUAUGAUAAACUUUACUACCGUUAUGUUUUUGGUCAAUACUUAUAAUAGCACAUAAAAAAACUAAUAUUUAUGAAAACAAUUUCUGUUCUCAAUUUACUUAGAUACUUUAAUUAAGUACGAAUAAAAUUCACUCACAUCAGUGUUAUGUAUUAAUUAAUAAAUUUAAUUAUAA